ACUUAUCCGUUGGGGAGCCGGACAGCGCUAGUUUCCCCCGGCGGCUCUCCAUUUCGCUCAGAAGCGCCUCCGCCGCUCACUGUGACCUCUACGCGUGUUUAUAACAGAGAGGGGAUGAAGAAUCCUUACUUAUCGUCUUAGUUUGGGUGAAAACUCGUGGAUUUGAAUUGAGAACUUGGAUUUUUCGUCUUCUUCUCGGCGUUUGGGGGGAGAGGCAGGCGAUAAGCGAGGAGCUCGGCAGAGCCAAGCUGUUUAACUGUGCGUGAUCAGGUGAAGACUUCAUGAGCCAACAGGAGGACUAGUGACUGCCCCCGUUCUUUUCUCUCUUAUUACUGGCGGAUGCUUUGACUGGGCGACAGGUGGACAGGGUAGCAGCGCGUCAUGGCGGACGUGGACCCGGACACACUGCUGGAGUGGCUGCAGAUGGGGCAGGGCGAUGAGCGGGACAUGCAGCUCAUCGCAUUGGAGCAGCUCUGCAUGCUACUGCUCAUGUCUGAUAAUGUUGACCGCUGCUUUGAAACGUGUCCCCCGCGCACGUUUCUCCCAGCCUUGUGUAAGAUCUUCUUGGAUGAAAGCGCUCCUGACAACGUUCUGGAGGUGACUGCCCGAGCAAUCACCUACUACCUGGAUGUGUCGGCCGAGUGCACACGCAGGAUAGUUGGAGUGGAUGGGGCCAUCAAGGCUCUCUGUAACAGAUUGGUAGUGGUGGAGCUGAAUAAUAGGACCAGCAGAGAUCUGGCCGAGCAGUGUGUGAAGGUACUGGAGCUGAUCUGCACGCGAGAGUCUGGUGCUGUUUUCGAGGCUGGGGGGCUGAACUGUGUGUUGAGCUUCAUUAGGGACAGUGGACACCUAGUACAUAAAGACACGUUGCACUCUGCCAUGGCAGUGGUCUCUCGGCUGUGCAGUAAGAUGGAGCCGCAGGAUUCCUCCCUGGAGACCUGUGUGGAGUCUCUUUCCAGCCUGCUUAAGCAUGAAGAUCACCAGGUUUCAGAUGGAGCCCUGCGGUGCUUUGCCUCGUUGGCGGACCGCUUCACUCGACGUGGGGUGGACCCUGCCCCUCUGGCCAAGCAUGGGCUCACAGAGGAGCUAUUGUCCCGCAUGGCUGCGGCAGGAGGCACAGCUACUGGACCCUCCUCCACCUGUAAACCUGGCAGAACCUCCACUGGAGCUGCUCCAUCUGCUGCUGACUCCAAACUCAGUAACCAAGUGUCCACUAUUGUCAGUCUGCUCUCCACGCUGUGCAGAGGCUCGCCACUGGUCACUCAUGAUCUGCUGCGCUCAGAGCUGCCUGACUCCAUGGAGAGUGCUCUGCAGGGUGAUGAGCGCUGUGUUUUAGAUACUAUGCGGCUGGUGGAUCUUCUGCUGGUGCUGCUGUUUGAGGGCCGCAAGGCUUUGCCCAAGUCCACUGCCGGCUCCACCGGCCGCAUCCCAGGCCUGCGGCGUCUCGACAGCUCCGGAGAGCGAUCUCACAGACAGCUCAUCGACUGUAUCCGCAGCAAAGACACAGAUGCACUCAUCGACGCUAUCGACACCGGAGCAUUUGAAGUGAAUUUUAUGGAUGAUGUCGGGCAGACACUUUUGAAUUGGGCUUCUGCUUUCGGAACACAAGAAAUGGUUGAGUUUCUGUGCGAGAGAGGUGCUGAUGUCAAUAGAGGUCAGAGGUCAUCCUCACUGCAUUAUGCUGCCUGUUUUGGGCGGCCACAAGUAGCCAAGACUUUACUCCGUCAUGGAGCCAACCCUGACCUGAGAGAUGAAGAUGGUAAAACUCCUCUUGAUAAAGCCAGGGAAAGGGGGCACAGCGAGGUGGUUGCUAUUCUCCAGUCUCCUGGAGAUUGGAUGUGUCCUGUGAACAAGGGGGAUGACAAGAAAAAGAAGGAUGUGAAUAAGGAGGAGGAGGAGGGCAGUGAACCCAAAGGGGACCCAGAGAUGGCUCCUAUCUAUCUGAAGAGGCUGCUGCCAGUAUUUGCACAAACCUUUCAGCAAACCAUGCUGCCUUCAAUAAGGAAAGCUAGUUUAGCUCUGAUCAGGAAGAUGGUUCACUACAGUUCUGAAGUGCUGCUUAAGGAAGUGUGUGACUCAGAUGCUGGACACAACCUGCCCACAGUCCUGGUGGAGAUCACUGCUACUGUGCUGGAUCAGGAGGAUGAUGAUGAUGGGCACUUGUUGGCACUGCAGAUCAUCAGAGAUCUGGUGGAUAAGGGUGGCGAUGUGUUCUUAGACCAGCUGGCCCGACUUGGUGUUAUCAAUAAGGUUUCUACUUUAGCUGGACCCACCUCAGAUGAUGAGAAUGAAGAGGAAGCCAAACCAGAGAAGGAGGAUGAACCACAGGAGGAUGCAAAAGAGGUCCAGCAGGGCAAGCCCUACCACUGGCGGGACUGGUCCAUCAUCAGGGGCAGAGACUGCCUGUAUAUCUGGAGUGAUGCUGCUGCGCUGGAGCUCUCCAAUGGCAGCAAUGGCUGGUUUCGCUUCAUCCUGGAUGGCAAAUUGGCCACCAUGUACUCCAGUGGUAGCCCAGAGGGGGGGUCUGAUAGUUCAGAGAGCCGGAGUGAGUUUCUAGAGAAACUCCAGCGCGCCAGGAGUCAGGUGAAGCCAGUCACCGCCAGCCAGCCCAUCCUUUCGACACUAGGACCUACUAAACUCACUGUAGGGAACUGGUCCCUCACGUGCCUGAAGGAGGGCGAGAUUGCCAUCCACAAUUCGGAUGGACAGCAGGCCACCAUCUUGAAGGAGGAUUUGCCAGGCUUUGUGUUCGAAUCCAACCGAGGCACCAAGCACUCCUUCACUGCUGAAACAUCUCUGGUCUUCACUGUUUCAGGGUCAGAGUUCGUAACUGGAUGGACUGGAAAACGUGGAAGGAAGCUCAAAUCCAAAUUGGAAAAAACAAAACAAAAGGUGAAAACCAUGGCCAGAGAUUUGUAUGAUGACCAUUUUAAGGCUGUGGAAAGUAUGCCCAGAGGUGUAGUCGUUACAUUGAGGAACAUUGCCACACAGCUGGAGUCUGCCUGGGAGCUGCAUACACACAGACAAUGUAUUGAGGGCGAGAACACGUGGCGAGACCUCAUGAAAACAGCUUUAGAAAACUUGAUUGUGGUUCUCAAGGAUGAGAACACGAUCUCUCCCUAUGAAAUGUGCAGCAGUGGCCUUGUGCAAGCACUUUUUACUGUUCUUAAUAAUAGUGUGGAACUUGACGUGAAGCAUGAUUGUAAGCCAUUGAUGGAACGGAUAAAUGUGUUUAAAACUGCAUUCAGUGAAAAUGAAGAUGAUGAAAGCCGACCCGCUGUUGCCUUAAUCCGUAAACUGAUAGCAGUCCUGGAGUCUAUAGAACGGCUACCUCAUCACUUGUAUGACACGCCUGGUUCAACAUACAACUUGCAGAUUCUGACCAGGCGGUUACGUUUCCGGUUGGAGCGUGCUCCAGGUGAGACAGCAUUGAUUGAUCGGACCGGCAGGAUGCUGAAAAUGGAACCUCUGGCUACUGUCGAGUCACUGGAGCAAUACCUACUUAAAAUGGUGGCGAAGCAGUGGUAUGACUUCGACAGAUCCUCCUUCAUUUUUGUCAGGAAGCUGCGUGAAGGCCAGAGCUUCACCUUCAGACACCAGCAUGACUUUGAUGAGAACGGUAUUGUGUACUGGAUUGGCACGAAUGCAAAGACUGCGUAUGAGUGGGUGAACCCUGCUGCUUAUGGCCUGGUGGUGGUGACCUCCUCAGAGGGCAGAAAUCUGCCGUACGGGCGACUGGAGGACAUCCUGAGCAGAGACAGCUCAGCCCUCAACUGCCACACCAACGAUGACAAGAAUGCCUGGUUUGCUGUGGAUCUGGGUCUGUGGGUCAUCCCCUCCGCCUAUACCCUGCGCCACGCCCGCGGCUACGGCCGGUCUGCCCUCCGCAACUGGGUGUUCCAAGUGUCCAAAGAUGGCCAGAACUGGAUGACCCUCUACACCCAUGUAGACGACGGCAGCCUUAAUGAACCCGGGUCUACUGCUACAUGGCCUCUGGACCCACCCAAAGAUGAGAAGCAAGGCUGGAGACACAUUCGGAUAAAGCAGAUGGGGAAGAACGCCAGCGGGCAAACGCACUACCUUUCCCUGUCUGGACUGGAGAUCUAUGGCACGGUCAACGGCGUGUGUGAAGAUCAGCUCGGUAAAGCAGUGAAGGAAGCAGAGGCCAAUCUGCGCAGACAGCGAAGGCUCUUCCGUUCUCAGGUGAUGAAGUAUAUAGUUCCAGGAGCCCGGGUGGUGCGUGGCAUUGACUGGAAGUGGAGGGACCAGGAUGGCAACCCUCCUGGAGAAGGAACAGUGACAGGAGAAGCCCACAAUGGCUGGAUUGAUGUUACCUGGGAUGCCGGUGGUUCAAACUCGUACCGUAUGGGUGCAGAAGGGAAGUUUGACCUCAAGCUUGCGCCAGGGUACGACCCUGAGUCAGCGCCAUCACCCAAACCUGUCUCAUCCACUGUUGCAGGCACGCCGCAGUCCUGGAGCAGCCUGGUGAAAAAUAACUGUCCGGACAAGGGCGGCUCGUCCUCGGCGGCUGGGGCCAGCUCCUCCAGCCGGAAGGGCAGUAGCAGUUCGGUGUGGAGCGUGGCCAGCAGCAGCGAUAUCAGCCUGAGCUCGGCGCGCGUGGAGCGCAGGGUGGAGGGCCUUUUGGAGCAGGGGGCUAGCAUCGGUGGAGGAGCUCCGGGGGCGGAGGGACAGGAGCCGGUGGUGGUGCUUUCCUCGGCGGAGGCCGGUUCAGGCUCCAGCACCAGCACGCUCACCGCUGAGGCUGGAAGCGAGAGCGAUCGCAAAACACCAGCACCCGACGGGACCCUGCGACAGUCUGCUGAGUCGGCAGCCAUGUCUAUGGGUCUGGUCAGCGUCAGCUCUCCCGAUGUCAGCUCGGUAUCCGAGUCGUCCAGCAAGGAUGCAGCAUCCCAGAGGCCCCUGUGUUCAGCCACCAGCGCCCGGCUCUCGGUCAGCUCUCUACUGGCUGCUGGAGCCCCCAUGAGUUCCAGUGCUAGCGUGCCCAACCUGUCAUCACGUGAAGCCAGCCUAAUGGAGUCAUUUGUGCGCAGAGCACCCAACAUGUCCCGCACCAAUGCCACCAACAACAUGAACCUGAGCCGCAGCAGUAGCGACAAUAACACCAACACGCUGGGCCGCAAUGUCAUGGGCACUGCCACCUCUCCUCUCAUGGGUGCACAGAGCUUUCCUAACCUUACAACUACUGGUACCACCUCAACUGUUACAAUGUCCACCUCCAUAGUAACCAGCAGCAGUAAUGUAGCCACGGCAACUACAGGUUUGUCCGUCGGCCAGUUGCUCAGUAACACGCUGACGACCAGCCUGACCUCAACGUCUAGCGAGAGCGACACAGGUCAGGAGGCUGAGUUUUCCCUAUAUGACUUCCUGGACAGCUGCCGGGCAAACACGUUGCUUGCUGAACUGGAUGAUGAAGAAGAUUUGCCCGAGCCAGACGAUGACGACGACGAAAAUGAGGAUGACAAUCAGGAGGACCAGGAGUAUGAGGAAGUUCUGGUACGGUCCAGGGUCAACCUUGGUUACCACGUUCAUAUUCAUAGGGAGGAAGAGGAGUAUGAAACCAAAGGUGGCAGACGCAGGACCUGGGACGAUGACUUUGUGCUGAAGCGGCAGUUCUCCGCUCUAGUGCCUGCAUUUGACCCCAGACCCGGUCGAACCAAUGUCCAGCAAACCACUGACCUGGAGAUUCCUACCCCAGGUACCCCUCGCUCAGAGGUGCAGGAGGAGGUGGAAUGUGCCCCCUCUCCUCACUUGGCUCUCAUCCUUAAGGUGGCAGGGCUGGGAACCACACGGGAAGUAGAACUACCUCUCUCCAACUACAAGUCCACCAUCUUUUACUACGUCCAAAAGCUGCUGCAGCUCUCUUGUAACGGCAGCAUCAAAUCUGACAAGCUCAGACGCAUCUGGGAGCCCACCUACACGAUAAUGUAUAGAGAGCUGAAGGAUUCUGACAAAGAGAAAGAAAGUGGCAAGAUGGGUUGCUGGUCUGUAGAGCAUGUGGAACAGUUCCUUGGCACAGAUGAAUUACCAAAGAAUGACUUGAUAACCUACAUGCAGAAGAAUGCAGACUCGACUUUCCUGCGCCUCUGGAAAUUAACCGGCACUAAUAAAAGUAUUAGGAAAAACAGAAAUUGUUCGCAGCUCAUAGCUGCAUACAAGGAUUUCUGCGAGCGAGGCUGCAGGUCCACAGGGCUUGGCUCGGGCUCUUUUUCAGCCUCUCAGAGCUGCGACAUCCUGAGCGGAGCACCAGAGCAGGCCCAGGCCAAGGCUGGCUCGGGUCAGAGCGCCUGUGGCGUGGAGGAUGUUCUGCAGCUCCUGCGCAUCCUCUUUAUCAUCGGUGGAGAGCCUUCAUCUGGUAUCACACUACAAGAAGAUGUGGAUGAUUUACAAUUCAAUGCCUCUCCUGAAGAGUUCACCAGCAAAAAAAUAACAACCAAAAUUCUGCAACAAAUUGAGGAGCCACUGGCAUUGGCUAGUGGAGCUCUCCCAGAUUGGUGUGAACAGUUAACCAGCAAGUGUCCUUUCCUCAUCCCCUUUGAAACCCGGCAGCUUUUCUUCACCUGCACUGCAUUUGGAGCCUCCAGGGCAAUAGUCUGGCUCCAAAACCGGAGAGAAGCUACUAUGGAGCGCUCACGGCCAUCCACUACAGUGCGGCGGGAUGACCCUGGCGAGUUUCGGGUGGGCCGCCUUAAACACGAGCGUGUGAAGGUGCCACGCGGGGAGACCAUGAUGGAGUGGGCUGAGAGUGUGAUGCAGAUCCACGCUGACAAGAAGUCUGUAUUAGAGGUGGAGUUCCAGGGGGAGGAGGGAACUGGACUGGGGCCCACACUAGAGUUUUAUGCCCUUGUAGCUGCUGAGUUCCAGAGGACCUCAUUGGGCAUUUGGCUCUGUGACGAUGAUUUCCCAGAUGAUGAGUCACGUCAGGUGGAUCUAGGAGGUGGUCUGAAACCCCCUGGCUAUUACGUACAGCGCUCCUGCGGCCUUUUCCCUGCACCGUUCCCACAGGAUAAUGACGAAUUGGAGCGCAUCACCAAGCUGUUCCUCUUCCUGGGCAUCUUCCUGGCCAAGUGCAUCCAGGACAACAGGCUUGUGGACCUGCCCAUUUCCCAGCCCUUCUUCAAGCUGCUUUGUAUGGGAGACAUUAAGAGCAACAUGAGUAAGCUGCUGUACCAGACCCACGGGGACUCUGACCACCGCUUCUCCGAGAUCCAGCUGGAGGCCUCCACUGAGGAGGGUCAAGACACGUACUCAAUGGGCAGCUUUGAUGAGGACUCAAAAUCUGAAUUUAUUCUUGACCCACCGAAGCCCAAACCCCCUGCCUGGUACCAUGGCAUCCUGACGUGGGAGGACUUUGAACUGGUGAACCCUCACAGAGCACGAUUCUUGAAGGAGAUGAAGGAUCUGGCAGUAAAGAGGAGGCAAAUCCUGGGCAAUAAGAGCCUUUCAGAGGACGAAAAGAACACUCGGCUACAAGAUCUCAUGCUGAAGAACCCUAUGGGCUCCGGCCCGCCACUCAGUGUAGAAGACCUGGGAUUAAAUUUCCAGUUCUGUCCCUCAUCUAAAGUACAUGGCUUUUCAGCAGUAGACCUUAAGCCCAAUGGAGAUGACGAGAUGGUUACCAUGGAGAAUGCAGAGGAGUAUGUGGAGUUGAUGUUUGACUUCUGUAUGCACACUGGAAUCCAGAAGCAAAUGGAGGCCUUCAGAGAGGGCUUUAACAGGGUGUUCCCUAUGGAGAAACUAAGCUCAUUCAGUCAUAAAGAGGUCCAGAUGAUCCUGUGUGGGAACCAGUCUCCGUCCUGGACGGCUGAGGACAUCGUCAACUACACUGAGCCCAAACUGGGAUACACUCGAGACAGUCCUGGGUUCCUCCGCUUUGUGCGAGUUCUGUGUGGAAUGUCCUCAGAUGAGAGGAAAGCCUUCCUUCAGUUCACAACUGGUUGCUCAACACUGCCUCCUGGUGGACUCGCCAACUUGCACCCUCGUCUCACAAUUGUUCGCAAGGUGGAUGCAACAGAUGCCAGCUACCCCUCUGUAAACACAUGCGUGCACUACCUGAAGUUGCCGGAGUAUUCCUCCGAGGAGAUCAUGAGAGAGCGCCUUCUCGCCGCAACUAUGGAAAAGGGCUUCCACCUCAACUGAGCAUGCUCUCCCUGCACCACUGACCAACUCCCUGGACUGAUGAAGCCUGUUGUGUUUUUGUUGCAGAAAAAAAAAAAAAAAAGAAAAAUACAAAAGCUGUGCUCGUCAAUGAAAUCUCCCCCUCCUCUACACAGCCCCCACAUUUACGCCUGUAACCAAAAGGAACCCCAUGUUCAGCUCACUAGCUACUGAAACAGAUUUAGGGCUGUGCCCCUGCCUAUCUUGCCACAGACUCCUCAUGGCCUCUCCUCGGGGCUCUGCACUGCUUUAAGGGCUCGAGCCACUGGUAGCCGAGGGCAGUCUCUCCUCGUAUCCCGCGUUUACUCUCGUACCCGGCUCAGAGCGUCUACGUAAAACUCAGCAUAGGCUUUCCUUUCAGACUCCCACGUAGCACAGUCAUCUCACGCGCGCCAGACCCCGGUUUCCCUGAGAGGGGGGCACAAUCACCUGCUUGUGUAGAGCUAACUGUAGAGUGUUUGGGUAUUUCCAGGUUUUAAGUUUUACUAGUGCCUGCAUUAUUUGAACUAUUAGGAUUUUCUCUCCCCCUUCCCCCUUUUUUUGUUUGGCUUAAAUCUUUCAGCGAUCAUGCCCACGUUUUCUUUUUAUUUCUCCUCCUCCCCCCCUUCCUUACGCUGUAUAUUUCAAUUGUUCAUCUCUCUCUCUCUGCUGAAAGGAUAAACGUCCCGGAGUGCAUUUGUGUAAUUUUACAAUAAAGCUAUAGAGACAAAAAGAAAAAAACACUGGUUCUGUGUGCUAGGCACAUUUAAAAAAGAAAAAGAAAAGAAAAAGAAAGGUAAAAAAGCAAGCUAUGCUUCUCAUUGUAUUUUCUUUGUAUAUUAUAAACAUUUAUUUAACUCAAGUUGCAGUUUGAAGUAAACAAAUAUUUUCAAAUGUGUAUGCUCCAAAAUAAUCAUUAAAAUGUUUGCAAAGUA